AUGAAUCCCUCUAAUCCGCCUCAAACUGCCGAAUAUGGCGGAGUCACCAUCCAUCCAUCCAGUCUGGAGCACCUGCUAACGUAUGUCGCGUCGCGCCUAGAUGAGGUCUCCGCCAUUGUCCUAGAUCCCGGCUACUCCACAACGCGCGCUGGUUUCGCCGGUGAAGACGCUCCCAAGUCGCUCAUCCCAACCUACUACGGGAAAUACAACGCCGACGGCCAAGAGAAAUUGAUCUUCGGUGACGACGUGUUUGUGACCCCGCGCCCGGGCUUAUCCGUCCACAAUCCCAUUGGUAGGGAUGGAAUUGUCGAAGAUUGGGAUAUGGCCGAGAAGGUGUGGGAGUACUCUUUCACGUCGCGACUUACCGGUGCCAAGGCGAGCGAUCCAUUUCACAACGGAUUGAAUGAGAUCCCAAGCGAGGAACUCCCGACCGAGAUGGAAGUAGAAGCAGACGAAAAGCCUCUGGCAGACAGUCCAUUGUUGAUGACAGAGCCUGGCUGGAAUCCGGCCAAAGCACGCGAGAAGACAAUUGAGAUUGCCAUGGAGAAAUGGGGCACCCCGGCUUUCUACCUGGCACGCAAUGGUGUUCUUUCCGCCUUUGCGUCUGGUAAGGCUUCCGCGCUUGUCAUUGACAUAGGUGCCUCGAACAUCUCUAUUACCCCGGUCCAUGACGGUAUGAUUCUCAAAAGAGGCGUGCAGCACUCUCCGCUUGGGGGUGACUAUAUUUCAUCUCAAAUCCAGGCAUUCUCCAAGACCGCUGUGGAAGCUGGACAGCCGCCCCAGGCCAAAUACAAAACUUUCCCCGCCGAUAAAGCCCCAGAUGCUUCAUACCGCAGCCUUCUCGAGGAGCGUACGAUCUCCGAAUUCAAGGAAUGUGUGGUCCAGGUCUGGGCUGGUCCUAAUAAGCUCUCUGCCACCGGCCCCAAUGGCGUGUCAAACGAAGAGGUCGCUCGCACUACCCCUGGUCGACCCUUCGAGUUCCCCGACGGCUACAAUCAGGUCUUCGGUGUUGACCGGUUCCGUGUGACCGAGUCUUUGUUCGAUGCUAAAGCGGCCAUCCCAGACCCAGAUUCGCCUUUCCCAGCCCCAACCCCCUCUCAGACUCUGCCAGAGUUGAUCAAGGCCUCCCUUGCCGCUGUGGAUGUGGACCUCCGUCCCCAUUUGCUGGCAAAUGUGGUUGUCACGGGUGCCUCCAGUCUGCUCUAUGGCUUCACUGAUCGUCUAAACCAUGAGCUGAUGGCUCUCUACCCUGGCCCACGGGUGCGAAUCUCGGCACCUGGCAACACGGCUGAGCGCCGAUUCGGUUCGUGGAUUGGUGGAAGUAUUCUUGCCAGUCUGGGCACUUUCCAUCAAAUGUGGAUCUCAAAGAAGGAGUAUGACGAGCAUGGGCCCAACAUCGUAGAGAAGCGCUGCAAAUGA